AUGCGGGCUGCCUCACUCCCCGCGGUCUCUUCCCGCUCCUCGCAGAACAUGGAGAAGGGGACUCUGCCGUCCGUGACGCUCAUCGUGGGCUGUGGCGUGUCCUCUCUCACCCUGCUCAUGCUGGUCAUCAUCUACGUGUCCGUGUGGAGGUACAUCCGCUCGGAGCGUUCUGUCAUCCUCAUCAACUUCUGCCUGUCCAUCAUCUCCUCCAAUGCCCUCAUCCUCAUCGGGCAGACCCAGACCCGCAACAAGGUGGUGUGCACGCUGGUGGCCGCCUUCCUGCACUUCUUCUUCCUGUCCUCCUUCUGCUGGGUGCUCACCGAGGCCUGGCAGUCCUACAUGGCCGUGACGGGCCACCUCCGGAACCGCCUCAUCCGCAAGCGCUUCCUCUGCCUGGGCUGGGGGCUCCCUGCACUGGUGGUGGCCAUUUCCGUGGGAUUCACCAAGGCCAAAGGGUACAGCACCAUGAACUACUGCUGGCUCUCCCUGGAGGGAGGACUGCUCUAUGCCUUCGUGGGACCGGCUGCUGCCGUUGUGCUGGUGAACAUGGUCAUUGGGAUCCUGGUGUUCAACAAGCUCGUGUCCAAAGAUGGCAUCACGGACAAGAAGCUGAAGGAGCGGGCAGGUCAGCCGCCCCCGCACCCCCUCGGGUGCACCCUCAAGUGUGCCGAGUGUGGAGUCCUCUCUGCCGCCGAUGCCACCUCCGACGCCACCAGUAACGCCAUGGCCUCCCUGUGGAGCUCCUGCGUGGUGCUGCCGCUGCUGGCGCUGACCUGGAUGUCGGCCGUGCUCGCCGUCACCGACCGCCGCUCCGCCCUCUUCCAGAUCCUCUUCGCCGUCUUCGACUCGCUGGAGGGCUUCGUCAUCGUCAUGGUGCACUGUAUCCUCCGUAGAGAGGUCCAGGACGCUGUGAAAUGCCGUGUGGUUGACCGGCAGGAGGAGGGCAACGGGGACUCGGGAGGCUCCUUCCAGAACGGCCACGCACAGCUCAUGACCGACUUCGAGAAGGACGUGGAUCUGGCCUGUAGAUCAGUGCUGAACAAGGACAUCGCGGCCUGCCGUACAGCCACCAUCACGGGCACACUGAAGCGGCCGUCUCUGCCCGAGGAGGAGAAGCUGAAGCUGGCCCAUGCCAAGGGGCCGCCCACCAAUUUCAACAGCCUGCCGGCCAACGUGUCCAAGCUGCACCUGCACGGCUCACCCCGCUACCCCGGCGGGCCCCUGCCCGACUUCCCCAACCACUCACUGACCCUCAAGAGGGACAAGGCGCCCAAGUCCUCCUUCGUCGGUGACGGGGACAUCUUCAAGAAGCUGGACUCGGAGCUGAGCCGGGCCCAGGAGAAGGCUCUGGACACGAGCUACGUGAUCUUACCCACGGCCACGGCCACGCUGCGGCCCAAGCCCAAGGAGGAGCCCAAGCGAGCUGAACACCCCAGCCCCGCCCUGGGGCUGCUCGCUGGCACCCAGCGCAUAGCUGGAGGAGCUGCCUCCUGUCAGGCAGGGAGAGGCGUGGACUUGUCAGGAGAUUUUAGGGACCCUUGGCGAAUGUUCACGAACCCCUUCUCCCUGCAGCGGCGGAAGUCGCGGUAUGCAGAACUGGACUUUGAGAAGAUCAUGCACACCCGGAAGCGGCACCAAGACAUGUUCCAGGACCUGAACCGGAAGCUGCAGCACGCAGCGGAGAAGGACAAGGAGGUGCUGGGCCCGGACAGCAAGCAGCCGGAAAAGCAGCAGACGCCCAACAAGAGGCCUUGGGAGAGCCUCCGGAAAGCCCACGGGACGCCCACGUGGGUGAAGAAGGAGCUGGAGCCGCUGCAGCCGUCGCCGCUGGAGCUUCGCAGCGUGGAGUGGGAGAGGUCGGGCGCCACGAUCCCGCUGGUGGGCCAGGACAUCAUCGACCUCCAGACCGAGGUCUGA